AUGUGGAACCAAACCAUCGACAAGUUUAUGCUGGAACUGGAUUUUAAGAAAUGUGAAACGGAUCACUGUAUCUAUGUCAAUCGAGCCGAUUACGACAUGAUUUUCGUGGCACUAUACGUCGACGAUUUGGUUCUCGCGAGCAACAACGACGAGCUUCUCAAGUUAACAAAGAAGGCGCUGGGUGAUCGUUUUGACAUGACGGAUCUGGAAAACCUCAAGUAUUUUCUCGGUACGGAAGUUGAUCAAGAUGUCACGGUCGGCACAAUCUCGAUUCAUCAGUCCAAAUUCGCGAAGGAUAUCCUCGAGAAAUUUGGCAUGGAACAUAGCAAUCCAGUUAAGACUCCACGAGAACCCGGGCUAAAGCUGACAAGGUCCAUGUGCGAAGGAGGAUGCAAGCACGGAGACACGAUGGCAAACGUUCCAUAUCGCAAUGCUGUUGAAUGCCUGAUGUACCUCAUGGUAGGGACUCGCCUGGAUCUCGCAGCUGCAGUGGGAGUGCUCAUCCAGUUUGCAGCGGACCCUUGUCCGACACAUUGGCAAGCACUCAAGCGCGUGUUCAGGUACGUCCAAGGCACACAAACCCAUGGGAUUGAAUUUCAAGCCACAAGCAAUGACAAGCUUCCAGGCUACUCAGAUGCAGACUGGGCUGGUGAUGUGGAAACUCGACGAAGCACAAGUGGAUACGCGCUCCUGAUGAACAAUGGGUGUAUCAUCUGGAGAAGCAAGAAACAGCGUACAGUGGCUCUAUCGUCUACGGAGCUGCGGGCUCUCAACCCUCGCCAUAUGUUAACGAUGCUAACCUUCGUCUUUACGAGUGCGCGCGAAAGCGGCCAUCUACAGCUUGCUGGAGCGCCUCUAUUCCUCAGGGAGACACAUGUGGCGGCCGAGCGAGAGGCUUUUGCUGUCCACCAGCGCUCUCGCCUUGUGCACAAGCUUUAUGCUCGCCUUCCGGUCGGCCUUUUCCUUCCUGAUCUAGGCGCGCGGGGUAAAUUAUUUAGCCUGAUGCUUGCAGCUGCUGUGACUCCAGCGGCAAAGACUCGUGUCAACUCGCUCAUCAUGGAGCUUUCGCGCGUUGAGUGUUCGAGCCUGUCACCUAUUGUGGCUUUCGUCUUCAACGAUCGCCCUACGCGAGAUUCAUGGGCGAAGGCGGACCUUCGGGUGGGUAAUUGUCGGCUCCAACUUCUCGUAGCUGAUGACCCAGCUACGGUGGACGACAAGAUUGGCUAUACGGACAUUACGACUUCAAUGCUCUAUCAGGUGCAUGUGCUCGGCAAGAGCUCGGCAUUUCCGAGCGAGAUCCGAUCAUGGGUUGCAGCCGCGACGUCGACACCCGUGCUCACUGUCGAGUCGCGGGAGGCCGAUGGUGCCCAUUUCUUCGGCGCGCAUCGCUGGGUCGUCACUUUUGAUUCCAUGGAAUGCCCUAAAGAACUGGACCGGAAGCACAGGAUUUUAGUGACGACCGGCGAUAAGAGUAUCGAGGCGGUACUCAUGCACCCGCGGAAGAGUACCCGCGAGCCGUGCCAGCGGUGUCUCAGCGUUCGACAUUUCCGUAAGGACUGUGCGGCUGUGGAUCCCGAGAGUACAUGUGCAAGCUAUACUCUAUCUGCAACGGCCUCGGUAACAUCCCAUACGUCAUUGACUACUCACGCGGAUGGAUGGAUCAAGGCAACUGAAAUUCUACGUCAAAAGGUGGCGCCUGGGCUUGGCGACAAACUUCGCCGAGCUUCCAUGGUGGAGGGGGCACCUAAGCGGCAAAAAACAGUCAUUCACAAGAGAGAAGUGGCAGCGCGAGUGGAGGCUAAGGCUGCGGUGACAGCUGAACUACUUGCUAUUCGUCGUUCAAAGCUGAAAGCGGCUACGAAUCAUUACGCGAAGGUUAAGAAGGCUGCUGCUAUGGCUGCGGCUGCUCCUGACUCGCUGCCGACGUCGGUGCCUCAACCGGUAUCGGGUCAGCACGGAAGCUUAAAAAGUUGUGAAGUGGCCCCUGCUGCAGUACCAGCUGCUCCUGGAGCAUCUUCUGAAGGAGCGACGUCCACGGUUGUCAAUGAAAAUGAUAGCGAUGCAGGCGACAUGGCCACUGCUGAUUUACCCGCUCUUUUCGUGGUUGGCGAGCACGCUGUGUCGACGGUAUUCGAGGUACCACCUUCGACAGCGGUUGAUGGGCAAGAUCGGACGGAGGUGGACCAUUCUUCUGGUGGUCCAUCACCGUCGUCGCUUGCCGCCACUAUGGAUAUCGAUGAGCUUGAGGCAUCGGUGCCUCCCUCUACCGCCUCUCCGAAUGUCUGGAGGACACGUUGUUGCACAGAUGGCCCCGACACGACUGCGAUCAAUUCUCACAUGGCCUCCCCUCUCCCUCCUGGUUUGGAAGCAGUGCUUGCAGCGCAGGACACUGAUUCAAUUUUACCCAUAGACAGUCAGGAUCGUGUCAUGGCUGGUCCGCUGCCGGCCAUUCCACGUACUCAAUCACCUUCACCGGAUGCCGUGGAAGCGUGGAACGCGGUCGCUGCGGUUCAACGCGAGGCGAAUGAUCAUGCCGCUACGCUUGCGUCCUCUCGUAGGCACAAAGCACGGGUGAUGCCCGCACCGAGGUUGGGCUGCCCACAACCAGUUGCAUCCGGUAUGGUCGUUGAAGUUGCUAAGUUACUGCAGCCGACAUCACCCUGCGUGCGGCUGACGAGUGAGGAGGUUUCAGAGUGCAUUUGCCAAAAAAGACAGAACGGCAUCACUAUCGUGACGUGGAGGCGACGGACAUCGUCGACACCAGUACUACCAGCGAACGGUGAAAAAUUUUCGAUCUGGAUUGAUUAA